AUGAUGGCCUCAGGAACGCAACCAGAGUACACCGAGCACUACCAUGCAAGUGCUGCUGCCCCAACGGACUUCGAUCCCGAGAACAACGUCCUCAGCCUCGACAACAAGAACCCCAAGAAGAAGCAUGUGAUAAAGGAGAUUACCCCAGCGGACGUUGUACUGCCGGGAAGAGCCAAGAAGAUCUACGUCACGAGCUACUUCAAGAAGACGAACGUGUACUCCAAGUUCUACAAGAACGAAAGUGCUCUCAACAACGACAUCCUUGAGAAGAUCAACGCAGUUGAGAUGGAUAGGAAAGUGAUCUUCACCAAAGAAUUGAAGUUAUCCUGGACUCUGGCGCAGACGUUUCUCUUGUGCCAUCUUGGCUGGGAAGCCUUCACCGUUGCCUCGGUGAUCAACCCGCUGAUGGCCAUAGGCAAGCUGUUUCGAGAAGGUUGGGAGUUGCGAGUUAAUGAAGAAGAAGGUAUGUGCCUUACAGAUGGAAGCUCAAGAAUACCAGUGCAUCUCCACAGGAACAGCUUGGCAGCCUACGCCUACGUACAAACUCCUUCAAGAAGCAGAAGUUACAGCAGCAACAACUACAAGAUGGUUCGCACAGUUGUCCAGCUUAACAAGCACGUUCAGGAAGCAGUGAACCAAGAAGAACCUGGUUGGCACAACACAGACAGCACGGUGAUCGUGAAGUGUGCCACUCAAAGCAGCUAUGAGAACCCAUCUCUCAUGUACAGCCCUACGCACUUUCCAUACAGAAGCACUUUGGUGAAAGAAGAGAGAGGAUGGAGAGCAGUUGAAGUUUCAAGAAAGUACUCCGAGAAGGCAGACCCUUUUGAAGAGUUUGCUGAAGGAGAAAAGGAAGUGGUUACAGCCAUUUCAGCAAAGCCAAUUCCACUUUGGAUUCUUGGCACUCCUUACGCUGCCGGAGACCGAGCAGACCAAGAAAGCCAUGGUCGUGACUACUGGAAGAUGGACCUCGAGAAAGGAGAAGUUGUUCGUCACCACGUAGUACCAAGAACUGUAUUGUUUGACCCGACAGGUGUUGCCAACUGUCCUGUCCUCCUUCGAGAUCUCGAGAACAGCAGGUAUACCCAAGGAGACUGCAUCUACAGCACAGAAAUCUACGAACACAGCGACGACUGGAGAGCAGACCGUCUACCUCUACGUGAACACUUUCGUUUGCCGUGGUUUGGUCAAACAAGGUUUCGUGUGAAGUCAGGAGUUGUUGAAGACCUGAAGGCAGAAGCUGCAGCAGAGGAGCUAAAGAAGGAGAAAGAAGAGCACUACAAAGAGAAGGAAGAUUCAGCAGCACCACCAGCAGCAGAAGAGAGCAAAGAUGAGGAGAUGAGAGAAGCACAAGAAGACCAAGAAGCACCACAAGAAGUUGUUGAAGUUUUGGAGGAAAGCUUCUACCACGAAGGCGUCGAGUACACAGUGCAAAAGAGCAGUCUUAAGGAACUACAAGCACUUUGCAGAGAGUACGGAGUGAAAACAACAGGAAGCAAGAAGCAGCUCUUGAGGAGACUCGCCACAGCAGUCAGAGAAGAAAGGCUCAGCACGCAACACAAGGAACAACGGGAACACCACCAAGCAUACCACCUAGCACCACCACAGGAACCAACGGAAGAGGAGAGAGCGUACCACAACUUGACGCACCUUCCGUAUCAGCCUUGGUGUCCCCAUUGCGUUGCUAUGAAAGCACGAGAAGACAACCACAAGAAAGGAUUGAGCAAGCCAAGCAGCUCUACGGAUUCCGCGAAGCCCGUCAUCAGUUUUGACUUUUGCUAUACAAGCACCACAGGAAGUGAAGAGCCACCAGCAGUGACUCUUGUCGCUGUGGACAGCUGGAGCAAGGCAGUUCUUGCAGGGCACUGCAAGAGGAAAGGAGGUGCAGGAAGCACGACGCACCUCGCGGAAGCACUCGUGCAGUUCACUACGCAGCUCGGGUACAACACCCUCGUUCUCAAAGCAGACAACGAGAACGCAGCCAAAGCACUCAAGGACAAAGUACAGAAAGAAGAACGCGAACAGCUCGAGAAUGACGAGGCCGCCAGCGACCCUCCGAGUUCGGAGGUCAACAGAGCAGAGGAAACAGAAGGUUACCUCAACAUGCCUCAUGAUGAUGAAGUCUACGAAGCAGAUGAUGGCUUUUUGUACGAGUCGGAAGAAGAAGAGGAGACAGAGAGUGAACCAACGGAAGUUUUUACCAAGGUCCCUGUCGAGUUCUUCGAUGAGGAGAAAGGACCACCGAACGUGGAUCCAGCUUUUCUUCAGAAGUUGGAUGAUGAAGCUACAGUCAAGGAAAUCAAGAGGUUAACAAAAAUGGGAGUUAUUUCGUUGGUUUCUACGGACCCUCAGGAAGCAACUGAGAACGUACCUCUGGUAGACUCAGAGCAAGAACUUCACAAGUGGUUGACAACGAAGUUAGUGAAAGAUUGGAGGUUCAGAGAAGCUACAGGUUUUGAAGUUGAUGAAGCCACAGAAGGAACAACCAAGCCCAAGCAGACUCAGAGGUGCUGGCAGCGAAUUACAAAACUGGUGCCCAUGCUGGCUCUCGCCAACAAUUGGGCGAUCUACAGUGUCGACGUGAAAGACGCGUUUCUACAAGUCAACGUGACGCAUCCAGUCUUUGGUCAGACUUUUGUGAUGGACUUUUGGUGGAAGAGAAGUUUGAGCGUUGUACAGCAGUUCCAGCACUUUACCGUCUUCUACGACAAGGUGAACUACGACGUCGACUCCUUCAACGAGGAAAAGAAAGAAGUGACAGAGAGAGCAGAGAAGCUGAAGAAAGUUGAGGAAAGCCUGGAGAAGGAAAAGGAGGAGUUCGGAAACCAGAAGGCAGAGUUUGAGGAGACAGUGAAAAGGUUUUUGAAGAAGCAGAAGGAGGUGAAGGAAAAGGAAGACAAAGUCACAGAAAGAGAAGAGAAGGUAGAGAAGGACCUAGAGACCCUCCAAGGACAAGCCAAAGCCUUAAGCGAGAAGGAGACAGCCAUUGAAGAAGCGGAGGAGAAGGUCAAAGAAAGAGAAGCAGAGGUCGAGAAGAAGAGCAGAGAGGCAGAGAGGAAAGAGAGAAAAGCCCAGGAAAGAACCACCGGCUACGACGAGGAGAGAGAGGACUACGCCAAGAAGUACGUGGACGAAGCAAAGAAAGACUUGGAGAGAGAGCUUAAAGUGCUAAAGCAAGAAGAGAAAGUAAGGAACCAGAAGCUCGACGACCUCCAGUACGACUACAAGAGCCUCAAGGACGACUACCAGUACUUCAAAGGUUACUCAAAGGAAGUGGACGCACUUCUACUUGCAGCUAAGGACAAGAUCGGGAAGUACAAGAAGAAGGUCAAGAGCCUUAAGGAAACCAUAGGUGCAGCCUUGUCUGGAAGCAAAGGUGAAGAAGAGACAGAAGAGGCGUACAAGACCAAAGCAGAAGAAGAGAAAGAGAGGAAAGAAGCACAGGCAAAAGAGGAAGAGAAGAAGAAAGGAAAAAGGCCAAAGCAGGUAGAGACAGAAGACCAAGAAGAGAAGCCGUCAAGCAACCAAGGAGACGACGCUACCGUCGACCCCAACGACAUAGCUGAGUUCACGCAGCUUGGCUACGUGUGGGAGUUCAACAAGAAGACCCAGGAGUACCGCGUGAAGUGCGAGGACAAGAAAGGAAGCACGAGAAUCAAGAACGCUCCGGUGAAAGGCCGCCUCCUUUGGAACAAGGUAACGGAGUGCUACAGAAAGCACAACGUGUGGUUCGUGGACGGAAAGGAGCUCGAGAAGUACCUCGAAGGCAAGGAGAACGAGAAGAUCGAGGAAGAGGUGCAGCGACGCAUCGGCAUGAAGGGCAAGAACGACAACACAGGAAGCAAGGGAAAAGGCCCUUCCUGGGACGACGGACAGAACGACGGUUGGUGGUACAACGACCAGUGGAACAACGAGAACUGGAACACCACCGACGACGGCAGCAACUGGUACGAGAACGCGAACCCGCACAACAAAGGCUACUGGCAGACGCCAGAAGAGUGGGCGCAGCAGAACCAGUGGGAGCAGUGGACACCCAAAGGAAAGAGCAAAGGCAAGAAGUCCAAGAACUGGGUGCAGACCCAGUGA